GUUCGGAACUGCCUGUGUCCAGUGCGCCCACGGUCACCGGUAACCCGCCGCUUCUCCGGCCCCAGGUCGGCUUCGGCUCCGGGUGGAGAUCACCUCGGCAAUGCAAACUGCCACAUGGAGUAGCAUCGGGGAACAACCGGCCUCGCCUCUAACUUCCGGCUUCAACUCUUGGAAAUCAGCGGCCCUUCCCAAGAAUUUGGGUAUAGCCACAUCUGGAAGCAGUGCAUUCAGCCCCUCAAACACAGCUCCCAACUUUUCCUUUAAUAACAAGUAUGCCUUGCUCAAUGGCCCAAGCUUAAAGACUCAGGAUUGUGGUCAGUUCAAACCCAACCUCCAGUCAACGGUUGAAUACUUUUCCAACCCCUUGCACCCACGUGUUGACAUGGCUCACUAUCACGACUCCUGGUUUAGACCCUCUCAUCAAAGUGGUCCUGCUGAAGACGGGGGUCUCUCAGCCACUUGGUGGGACUUACAUCCUGGAUCGAGCUGGAUGGACCUGCAGAAUGCACCGGCUGGUCUUCAAAGCUCGGCCCAUCCAGGCGGUUUGCAGCCCCCUCUGGGCAACUAUGGGUCUGAGCACCAGAUCUGUGGCCCUCCAACUCACCUCUUGCAGCCCAACCAAGUUAUGAUCAACCAAGAUGGAUAUAAGCAAGCCGAGCCCGUCCAGGAGCCCCUGGUCUUGAACCAGACACUGGAUGGAGCCUCUCGACCAAAGAGCGCCAGAAGGUCAUUGUCUCGAAGCUCGGGUCAGGGGAACUGCCGUUGUCCCAACUGCCUAGAGGCUGAGAGACUAGGGACAUCAGCGGACGGCAGCAACAAGAAGAAAGUCCUGCACAAUUGCCACAUCCCUGGUUGCGGGAAGGCAUAUGUAAAGACCUCUCACCUCAAGGCCCACCUAAGGUGGCACAGCGGAGACCGGCCUUUUGUCUGCAACUGGCUCUUCUGCGGCAAACGUUUCACCCGCUCCGACGAGCUCCAGCGUCACCUGCAGACCCACACGGGCUCCAAGAGGUUCCUCUGCCCCAUCUGUAACCGGGUCUUCAUGAGGACCGACCACCUCACCAAGCACAUGAAGACACACGGAGAGGCCAGCCAGGCAGGCACCAAAGAGACGGCCAGAGAGGGCAGCAAGUGUAUCUCGCUACCUGGGCCGCCCCAGUCCCCGGGAAGCAUGCAGAGAGAUUGUGAGGGGAAGGGAGUCAGCGAUGGACUCUCAGUUGCUGAUAGGCAGCAAAACUGAGACCUUGCAAGUGUGCUUUCAUUGUAAAGUGUAUGUAUUGUUAGUAUGUGAAAUAGUUGCACUUGCUAAGCGCUGUAUAUUAUUGUAUAGUCUCUGAAGGAAAUUCAGCAUUCCCAGAAAAGGUUACACUUCUCCAAUGGUUUUUGAGUUAUUAAAUGAGCACUAAAAGAUGUGGUGAAAAUCUAUUUUACUUUACUUACAGAACUGACAACCAGAGAAAAGUUUUGGCAUGGAAGGAGGCCAAGCAGUCCAUCAUGCCUGUGCAAUCCAGUUGGUCCUGCUCCCCUGACCCUCUUCAAAGCCUCUCCUUCCCCUUUCAAGUACUUAUUCCAGUUCCUUUUUGAGCACCACAAUUGAAUCUGUCCUCACAGUGCAUUUCAGAUUUUACCUCUUGUUGCCCAAAAAAUUGUUCCUUCUCAUGUCACCUUUGUUUUUAUUUUGCCAGAUAUCCUAAGUCUGUGCUUCUUGACCCUUCUGUCAAUGGGAACACUUUGUCUUUAGCUGCUCUGACUAGAUCCUUUGUUAUUUAAAUACCUCCAUCAGAUCCUCUCAACUGUUCGAAGGAGAACAACCCUAACUUCUCCAGAUUGAGUAGUCCUCAUUUCUGGAAUCAUUCUAGUAAAUCUCUUCUGCACCUUCCCUAAGUCUUUUACAAAUUUCCUUAAACAUAGUGCCUAGACCUGGAUACAAUAUUCCAGAUGUGGGAAUAUCAGUAUUUUAUAGCGUCUCAUCAUGACUAGUUUGCUCUUGUUACUGUAUGUCACUGUUAGGAUUUUGUAUGAUUUUACUCAACAUAGAGCACCAGGUUGCUCUGUUCCUUCUAGAACUGUGCACUCUCAUUUAAUGCUGCCCCUCUUUCGGCGGAGAUACAAUACCACAUUUUUCUGUGAUAAAUUCCAGCUGCCCGUUCAGCCAAGCUGCCCACAUGCUUUUGGUCUGUUACUGAACAGGCAUUUCACCAUACUUCCAACUUUUGUGUCAUCUGCAAAUUUGGAAAUUGUGCCCGAUACCUCCAUGUCCAACUCAUUACGUUGUUGGAAGUGUAUAAAAUUAUGAAGGGCAUAGAUAGGGUGGACAAGCAACAUCUUUUUCCCAUUAUUGAGCAAUCCAAUACCAGAGGGCAUGCAUUUAAGGUGAGAGGGGGUAGGUUCAGAACAGAUGUGAGGGGUACGUUUUUUACUGAGGGAGUGGUAGAUGCCUGGAACACGUUGCUUGAUAGGGUGGUGGAGGCAAACUCAUUGGGGGCUUUCAAGAAGGGCUUGGAUGGGCCCAUGAAUGAGAGAUAUGGGCACUCUGUAGGCAGGAGGGAAUAGCUAUGUCGGCACAACAUUGUGAGCCGAAGGGCCUGUUCUGUGCUGUAUUGUUCUAUGUUCUAUUAAUAGAAAUUAAAAAAUCUGUUCUCUUAUUACCAGUCCCCAAGGAACUCCACUGUAUACUUCACUGAUCAAAAAACAAUUGUCCACGACUACUCUCUUUUACCUGUAACUUAGACAACUUUCUAUCCAUGCUAUUACUGCUCGUUAUUCCAUGGCCCUUAGUCUUGAUGACAAGCCUAUGACCUGGUACUUUAUCAAUUGUCCUUUAAAACUCCAUAUACACCACAUCAGCUCCAUUUCCCUUACUGAAGCUGUCUGUUAUCUCAUCAAAAUAUCAUCAAGUUAGUGCAACUUGAUUUGCCUUUAAUAAAUCUGUGCUGCCUUUCUCCAUUCCAAGUAACUGCUGAAUCCGUCCCUGAUUAUUGCUGCUAAAAGUGUUCUGACUGGACAAUAGUUGCUAAGCAUGCCCUUACAUCUGUUUUUGUAUAAUUCUCCAGUCCUCAGGUACCAGUUCCACACCUACAUAUACUUGGAACAUUAUGGCCAAUGGUUUCAUAACUUUGUCACUUACUUCUCUCAGCAACCUUGGAUGCAUCCUAUUUAGACCAGGUGAUUUAUCUACUUUAAGUAUAAUUAGCUGUUCUAGUACUUCUAUUUUUAAAAUUUAUCCAGUAUUACAACUACAUCUUUCUUUGCCGAAAGUCCAGCAUCAUCCCCUUCCUUUGUGCCUCCGCUGUGGCCCGUCCCCUAUGAGUAAGUCUUGUUUUUGGUCCCUGAUUGAUACUACCUGUCAGCUCACUACCUGUUUACUGCAUGUUUUCUCAUUCUCUCUUUGCCCUUCAUUUACUUUUCUCACUAACUUUCCAUAAUCGGUGUGCUUGUGCUCUAGUUUUGUAGAUCUUGAGAUGGUGAUGAAGCCAAUGUGGGACUCUUCCACCAAUGGGGCAGGUGGGAGGUGAUGGGGUGGGUGGGUGGAUAGUUUGUGAGGUGGUCUUCUGUAUCUUACAAUGUGCUCCCAAAGUAGGGGCAUGAGGUUUUCGAUAACAUCAUAAUGCUCCUUCUUCACUUUGAGCAGCUGUGGUCAGGAGAUUCCAAGGAAUCAAUGGGAAUGGUGCAAUUCUUCAAGAAGGCUUUGAAUACAUCCUUGAAUUUUUUUCCUCUGCUCACCUGGUAGUCUUUUCCCAUGACAGACUCCAUUUGAAUAAACCUUGACACACAAUAUGAUUGUGUCUCUUCAGAGCCCUGUGGUGUCUUUCCCCGUUUCAAACAUAUUCCAAUAUUGUCCUAAGAAACAUUAUAGUUUCUGCCCCAAUCAUUCCCUGAGACAACCUAUUACAUGACCAAACAUCCCUGUGUAAAAAGAACCUGCUAUCAGGUUCUCUAAUUCACUUGUUGCUCCAGGUUCCAGCAUCUGCAGUCUUCUGUGUCUCUUGUUCACUGAGUGACUGCUUUGACUUAUGACUACCCAUUAAUGACUCCCAAUUACCCUUCCUAUCCACUACAAAGGGUUGUCCUUAUAAAGAAAAAAAAUACAGUAUUAAAUCUCCUUAAGCUUCUUUGCCCCAAUGAAAAUCAUUCCAAUAUCUUAACUUUCUCUUCAUUAGUUUCUAUCCCUGGGAUCCACUAAAAAGUCUACUCUUUUAAUUAAUUUAAUGUCCCCUGUUGGGAAAAGAGUUGGCCAAAGACUUUUUAUUUCAUGAAACAGGUUUCCUUCUUCAUGCCCUUGUGAGGAUGUUUUCUCUCAAACCUCAAAAUGCCAACCUGAACAAAGAUUCGCAGAGAUUGGAGAUUAAGCGUGAUCAUGAGAACAGGAUUUAUUUACAAAAGUAAGCUAACUUCUACAGGACAAUAGUCUCUGUGAACAAACUGCAUGAGAGACUGGGACAUGCUGCAAUGGAGGAGUUGUCAUACCUGUGCUGCAGCAUGCCUUUGUACCCUAGAAAAUACAUAGUUCACAGAAACUGCUAUGGACAAUUGCCAUAGCUGCUGCGGCAUCCUCUUUGUAAAUUAGCAAAUGUACAGUUCUUUGUUUUAUUGAAUUUUAAUAAUUUCUGCACUUCAAAAACAGUGCACGCAGUGCAACUUUUCAAGAGGUUUUGUUUUGUUUAGGUGCUAUAAAAGUGCAAAUAAUUUUAUCAAAAUGUUCUAGCCCUCUUAAGGAGCUUUAUGUGUGUUUUGAAUUGAGGAAAUAUUCAUGUCAUAAUCAAUACAACAUUCGCAAGGAUUGGUAUUCAGCCUGGAGGUAUUGCAAAGAGAUUGAUCAAACAUCUUGAAUAUUUCCAAAGGGGAGUUUUUUUACACUGCUGAAAUUUAUUUUAUACAUAUGAAAGAAAAUUGAUUCAUUUAUCAUUCCAGGCAGUGGUUGGAUGGCAAUAAGUAAAACACCAGUGACUUUAGUUGUAACGUAGUGUGCCUAUAAUCACCUAGCAUGCAAGCUGCAAAGUAUACUACAGUAGUCCCAAUAGCUUUUUUUAUAGUCAGCAUCAUGUGUACAGUGUGUCGACGUGUCAAGGCAUUAAUAGGUGAGAAAGUGUUUGCUUGUUGUCUUUUGACACACCAGAGGGUGAUGUGGCAUAGAAGCAAGGUGACUUUGAAACAAGGCCAAUCUUAGACAAACAUUUUUUUUUGUUAAAAGAAAUCAUUACUUCUCGUAGGUUAUGGUUAUCAGUAGUUUUGUCAGAUAAUUUUUAAACUGCAUUCUUACAUGCAUUUUCAGAUGUUGUCUAUUCUUCUGUUUUAUUCUGUGGACAUUAAUGUAACUUUAAUAGUUUGCUUCCCAUGGAAAUAGCUCCCAUGGGAAUGAAAUAACAAAACUUGCCCUCCAGAAAAUGUGAACUGUCGCACAAAGUGUUUGAUUGAUGCUAGGAAGUAAUCAAUAUCCAUUCAGAGGUAUUGGAUUUCUGGGAUAGACACUGAAAUAUUUAAUAAAAGAUAUAUUUACAUUAAAAAUAAUGGAUAUUUAUCUUUUUGAUGUAAUGCUUAGAAUAAAUAGACUAUUACACUUGUCUUAUCAUUUCUUGGAUUCCUUCACUUGAGAGAGCUCACUCACUUGUGGUAGUGAUUGCUGAGAGAUAUCGGUUGUUGCCAGCUGUGAGGUAAUCUGAUGGUGAACUUGUUACAACUGCAAUGGCAAAUGAACAAUAUUGACCAGUAAUCAUAUAGGGAGAAGGUAGGCCACUCCUCCAACUACUGGCCAUGGUUCUAGUAGCCACCUCACAGCUUUAGACAGUCGGCCCCUUAAAAGCCCUCUUGUUGAUGACACUGACUUGUUUUCCUUCUUCCAGCAACCCAAACUUAAACCUUGGACUCCUCAGUCAUACCCAUGGUCCUGAAGGUCUGGCCUGUCAGUGCCUGGGUCAGAUGCUUGUGUCUCUUGCAGUAUUUCUUAAUUUUUAAAAAUAAUCACUCCUGGGAUGUGAGCUUACUGGCAAGGCCAACAUUUAUGAGUGUUCCCUGAUCGGUCUUGGUGGUGAAGAUAGUACCUGAGAAAUGAUAGGUAGAGAUUUCCUGCUAACCUACAUUACCCUAAUUGGUAAACUAAAUUGGUUUAUUAUUGUCACAUGUAUCGAGGUACAGUGAAAAACUUGUUUUACUUGCCGUCCAUACAGAUCAUUUCAUUACAUCAGUGCAUUGAGAUAGUACAAGGGAAAACAAUAACAGAAUGCAGAAUUAAGUGUAACAGCUACAGAGAAAGUGCAGUGCAGGUAGAUAAUAAGGUGCAAGGCCAUAACGAGUUAGAUUGUGAGGUCAAGUGUCCACUACUAUAGUCUACUAUGAGAUGUUGAAAAAAACCCAGAAAUAUUUAAAAAAACAGAAAUUAAAAAAAAAAUCUGGAAUACAGACAGGUUCAUUAGUUUCUGUAAAGAGAAGCAAAAGUUAACAUUGAAAUCUUCAUUCUCAUCCAGAUUUGAAACAGUUGCCUGCCUUUCUCUUUAUGGAAGUGGUGGAGCUGUGGUGUAUUCCAGCGCUUUUUGUCAACAUGUAACCAUAAACCCUUUCUUGCACAUCACAAUCCAGGAGUUGUUUUAAAUGUUCAUGAGACAGAACAAUUUUGUUUCAUUUGAACCAUAUAUGGAGCAUGUUAGAACGUUAAGCACAGGACCAGUCCAUUCAGCCCAUCAGGCUGAAGAUAUGCUUAUGCUUCACAGGAGCCUUCACUCUUUUCCCCCUCCCAUCCCCUCCCAUAUCAGUACAAUCCUUUAUUCAGAGGAAUAUGGUGGGUGCCUCAAAAACUGGUUGAUCAGUGCAAUAUCCCCUCAAAGCGACUCCAGUUGCUGGAUAUAAUUACCCAUAUUAUAGACGUGGUUAUGUUUAAUAAUGGUGGAACAAAGCAGAACUCAUGGGGGAGGCAGUUACACUAGUGCUCAACCAAUCAGAAAUAACUUCCAUGUUUUAACAUAACUAUUAUAUUUGUGUUGAAUCACAAAUUCAUCCCUAAAAAUCUUGUGCAAAGAGUGUAAUAUACUAGAAUCCUGCUCUGUAGUUCAAAUAUUGAAGCAUUUGUUAAAAUAAAAUGUUCCUUUGAACCCUUAUGACCUUAUGUCCUUACAGAAUCUGGUGGGCAGAAAUUCGACUUGGGAGGUGACAUUAUACAGAUGGCAUAGAAUCAACUUUCCAUUAUCUGCAGUGCCUGAUAUUCAGGUCCACCGACUGCAAUGGAACAAAUAUUGGGAACUGCAUACAAUUCCACCCAUGAUGAACCAGCACACAAGACAAAUUUCUGCUCUCCAGGAGUUUAUGCUGUG